UAAGAGACUCUUCAGAAUGGACUGAUUGGUGGAAGCUGAGAUCUCUGAUCAACUCAGAAUAGACAACUUUAAAUUGUAAAGGUAUAAUGAGUGUUAAUAAGAAACGAAUUGCUUUUAGUGGCCUUAUUUGUUGUGACGCUCUUUUUACAGUUGAAGGUUACCCACAAGAAGACGCUGGAAUACCAUGUGAUAAUUUUCGAUGGAAUUUAGGCGGCAAUGCUUCGAAUAAUUCAGUCGUUUUCUCAAAGCUUCGCAAUUGGCACCUGAAAAAGUGUAAAAAUGGCAAUUCUAAGGAUGAGGAGAUUGAAAUUGAACUUUUAGGUACCUUGGGCAAUGAUUUUCCUGCAAACUUUCUUCGAGAGAUUUUUGACCGGGAAAAUAUUCGUCACGAUCGCAUGUUUUUUGAUCCAUCUGUGAAGACGCCAGUUACUGCCGUUAUCCUCAAUGCAUUGAAUGGCUCUAGAUCCUACUUUCAUUAUACUGAUCACUAUCCUGACUUGUCGUUGGAAAAAUAUGUGAAAUAUGAUUUGGUUAAUUAUGACUGGAUUCAUGUUGAAAGCCGAAACAAUAUCAAAGGUAUCAUUGAUAUGGUACGUUAUGUAAGAAGCAAACAAACAGCUGGUUCAUCUAAGCCAGUUAUAUCGGUUGAAUUGGAAACAGAUCAUGAAGGAUUGUCUCAAGUGUUUGAUGAGAAAAUUGAUUAUUAUUUUGUGGAACGAGAUUUUGGACAUUUGAAAGGCUGGAAAGAUCUGGAUGAGACUAUCCAAGAAACAUGUAAACUGGUUAAAAAUGAGGCUUAUGUGAUCUUCGUUUGGGGUGAUGAAGGUUCAAGAAUAGCCAAGGUAUCUAAUGGUAAAAUAAUUGGACCCGUCGGAUCAACACCCAUUUUUAACCCAAAAUCAAAGGUCGUAGACACAUGUGGAGCUGGUGAUACCUUUCUGGCUGCUACAGUUUUUGAUAUUUUGAUUAGAGGAUCCAAGCCUGAGGAUGCCAUUGUUUUUGGCAGUAAAAUUGCUGGUGCCAAAGUUGCUAUGCAAGGUUAUCAUGAUUUGGAAAAUUGGGAAUCUUACAUCAACCAUUGACCAUCAAAAUAAUGGUAACAGUCUCGAUAUAAGGACAAAGGUUGGGCUUUUACACAUGUUUUAUAUUUCACACUCUGAAUAACUAAACAAAUCAACUCAAAUCAACAGCAAUUGUUAUCCAAGUAAUUGAUUGUUUUUCAUAUAUUUUAACGUUUAGUUUUUCCGAAUUCGGAUUACUUAAAUUGUCUAUUAGUCUGGGCCUAAAAAUAUGUAAAUUGCAUUCAAGUCUAAUAAAUGUACUAUAAAUAUCUUUUUACA